AUGGAUCACACACUAUACCCUGGAAAGCUAUAUGGAAUUGCAGCUCGAAAACUAACAUCAGUGUAUCUAUUCCUUGCAGACCCAAUUGGAGAAGGACAUGAAUCUUGGCUGCUGUAUCUAUUCCUUGCAGACCCACUUGGAGAAGGACAUGAAUCUUGGCUGCAUGCUCUUCAAAAUAAGGUCAAAUAUGAACGUAAAGUUCACCUGAGGGACCAUCCUGAUUUUAUGAAAACAGUCACAAGACAGAUGAAGGAGAAGCAGGGUGAGGGAGCAGUAGGGACUCUUCAAAUUGCUGAAGGAGAAGAUGAAGUUUCAAUAGCAGCACAUGUAUCAGCAAUGAAGGAGGAGUUCAAGAAAGCCUCCCCAGAUUUGAUACUUGUAUCUGAUCGGAUGGACAGGACACUUGCAACGAGAAUGAAGUUUAUUCAAAGCAACUCGGUGAAGGCCUGCUUGGAAGAAUUUCCAUUCCUAAGGUCCCAUGAAGAGGUGCUGAAGGAUUUCAUGCGAAUCACAGGAAAGGACCUGAAGCAUAGCAUUGUUUUGGGACUCUCUACCUAUGGGGAGAGAAUCAUGGCUCUUGCCAGGAAUAGCAAGGUGCAAGAGUUGAAAGUCUGCUUUACAGUGAUGGCCAAAGGAAUGGAAGAGGGUCCAAGUCUCACUUUGUAUGUGGGCCAGCAUAGUGGUUGA